AUGGGGCCUCAAACCGGAGUUCUCGGAGCAAUACGCAGGAACUUGACGAGCGAGAGAGCCGUCCAAGUGCAUUCGCUUAUAAGGAAGAAGGUGUGGAACAGAAGCAGCAGGACAUAUCCACGCCAGCAUCAUGACGUUCGACUACCAGAGGCAGAAAGAUGCCAAGAGGGUGGGGAAAGACGACUGCAUCCGCUGGGGACAGGACAAGCCCAGCAGGAACAACUAAAAACGGGUUCCGAAAACCAACAAGGGAGGCCGAUACGACAGAAUCCCAGGAACCCGUUAAUAUGGACGAGUCCUAUAAUAUCUAAUCUUGUGUGUACAUAG